UAACCUCUCAAGUCUCAACCAUAACAUGAUGAGUUAGAUCAUUCACACAUACAUCUGUUUAUGGAAUUUGGAUGCUCAAAUAACAAGAUUCAUAGAGUUUAGAACAUAAAGCUACUACUAAAAUGGAAGUGGCCAAGUUUCUAGCCUUGCCAACAAUUUUGGCACUCGUUGUCCUUUGUCUUCAUUUCAUCUCAAAACUUGUGAAACUGAGAAAGGAUCCAAGCCUGAAUCUUCCUCCUGGAAACUUAGGAUGGCCUAUUGUUGGAGAAACCUUCGAGUUCAUGCUCGCGGCUCGGGGGGGAACCGUGGUAAGGUUCAUAAAAGAUAGAAUGGAGAAACAUGAUUGCAGGGUGUUCAAAACUUCAUUUCUUGGAGAUCCUAUGGCAGUGUUCUGCGGCCCGGCCGGGAACAAGUUCCUGUUCAGCAAUGAGAAUAAGAUUGUGCAAGUGUGGUGGCCAAGCUCCAUAAGGAAGCUGUUAAGAACAUCUCUUAUUAGUAAGGUUGGUGAAGAAGCAAAGAUGACUAGAAGGUUGCUAUUGAGCUUUCUUAGUGCUGAAGUGCUCAGAAAUUACUUGCCAAAAAUGGAUAUCAUUGCUCAAAACCAUAUCAAAACUCAUUGGCAAGGAAAAGAGCAGGUGAUUAUCUAUUCCACAGUGCAGCUAUACACAUAUUCCUUGGCUUGUUGCUUGUUCCUAAGCAUUGAAGAUCCAAUUCAUGUAUCAGAAUUUUCGUCAAAGCUUGAUGACUUCCUGAAAGGCUUGCUUGGCUUCCCAAUCAACCUGCCUGGAACGAAAUUUCGUCGAUCGAUGAAAGCCGCAGACGAAAUAACCACAGAAGUGAAGAUGAUGAUAUUGAAAAGGAAACUUGAAUUGCAAGAAAAGAAUGUGUCACCUACACAAGACCUUCUUUCGCAUUUGCUUGUCACACCUGAUUCCAAUGGAAGAUUCAUGACUGAAACGGAGAUUAGUGACAACAUGCUACUGCUUCUUUUCGCUGGCCACGACACUUCUCGGUCGGCUUUAUCAUCUAUCAUGAAGUAUCUUGGGGCCAUGCCUCAAGUUUAUGAACAAGUUUUGAAAGAACAAGUCGAAAUAAGCAGAGAGAAAGAGGCAGGGGAGUUGUUGCAAUGGGAGGAUAUUCAGAAAAUGAAGUAUUCUUGGAAUGUUGCAUCUGAAGUCAUGAGGCUGUUACCACCUGUUGCGGGUACUUACAGAGUAGCAAUAAAGGAUUUUAACUAUGCUGGCUAUACCAUUCCCAAGGGCUGGAAGUUGCGCUGGCUCCCUGGCUCGACACACAUGGAUCCGGCGUAUUUUCCGAAUCCGGAAGCUUUUGAUGCAUCAAGAUUUGAGGGAGAAGGUCCUACGGCCUAUUCAUAUGUUCCAUUUGGAGGAGGGCCUAGAAUGUGUCUGGGACUAGAGUUUGCAAGGAUAGAGAUACUUGUGUUCAUGCAUCACAUUGUGAAAUGGUUCAAAUGGGAUUUGGUGAAUUCUGAUGAGAAGUUUAAGUAUGAUUCCUUGCUUGAGCCAGUCAAUGGACUUCCAAUUCGGCUUCACCCUCAUACUAUUAUUGAUUCAUAUCAGAGGCUAUAGUCAAUUUUAUAAGCUUUCUUCUAAGUUUGUCAUGUUUUCAAAUUUCAAGAGAACUUUGAUUAAUUGGAUAAUGUAAUCAUUGUUCGUUGUUCAUAUAAUUAUAAUUGCUUAUGUAUGCU